CUGCUGCCCGCGGGGAGGCGGUCCCGGCAGCCGGCGCAACUUGCCUCGGCGCCUCGGUGAGAGGAGCGCAGAGCGGAGAGAGCUUGCGGGACGCGAUGCCUCCGGCCGGCGGCCCCCGCACACCGCGCCCGCACGCGCUGCCCCGCAGCCUGUCCCGCCUGCGCGAGUGCCCGGGCCGUUCCCGCAUCGUGCUGGCUCUCGGGGCCACGCAGAUGGCGCUCGGAUGCCUCAUCGUGGCCGUGAGCUUCGCGGCGCUGGCUCUCACCACCUCCGCCCGCGUGCGCCACUCCUGCCCUUUCUGGGCCGGCUUCUCGGUGCUGCUGUCUGGACUCAUCGGUGUUGUCUCCUGGAAGAGGCCUCUCUCGCUUGUGAUCACCUUCUUCAUGUUGCUCUCUGCAGUGUGUGUGAUGCUCAACUUGGCCGGCUCCAUCCUCUCCUGCCAGAAUGCCCAGCUUGUCAGCUCCCUCGAAGGCUGCCAGUUGAUCAAGUUUGACAGCGUGGAGGUGUGUGUGUGCUGUGAGCUGCAACACCACUCGUCCGGAUGCAGCAACCUCGGGGAGACACUGAAGCUGAACCCACUGCAGGAGAACUGCAAUGCUGUGCGGCUGACCUUGAAGGACCUCCUCUUCAGUGUCUGUGCCCUCAAUGUCCUCUCCACCAUUGUGUGCGCCUUGGCCACAGCCAUGUGUUGCAUGCAGAUGGUCUCUGCUGAUGUCCUGCAGAUGUUCUUCCCACACAGGUCUCACUCUGCCAACGCUGCCUGUGUGACUCCCCACGGCACCAUUCUCCACCAGACCCUGGACUUCGACGAGUUUAUUGCCCCGCUCCCGCCUCCGCCCUACUACCCUCCAGAGUACACCUGUACACCCACAGCGGAGGCUCACAGGGGGCUCCACCUGGACUUCGCUUCCUCACCCUUCAGCACUCUGUAUGACGUCACCAUCAACAGUCCUGGCCUGCUGUACCCUGCUGAGCUGCCCCCACCAUAUGAGGCCGUGGUGGGUCAGACUCCCGCCAGCCAGGUUGCAAGUGCCGAUCACCAGGUGGUUGACUCCAGUUCUGGGGACCCAAACACUGCUGCCGACUUCAGCACCCCAGUGCCUGCCAGUAGCACGAGUCUCCCAACAUCAGAGGGGGCCACCUCACUGGGUCCAAGCCACCCAUCCCCUGAUGGCACUUUAGACACCCCACCGCCCCUUCUACCCGCUCCGGUCCCUCACCACAUGUCUCCAGAGGCAGCAAGCUUGAGCACACAGGCACAACCAAGCCCAGGGCGUGUGGCCCGCUCAGCCAGCGACCCCACCUCCUGCACAUCCAGCGAAGCAGUCUCCAUAUCUCGCCCAGCCAUGGGUGCCUGUCAGCCCCAGCUCUCAUCCACUGGUGACCCAGAUGCCUGGAAAACGAACCAACGGGCCAAGCCAGAGACCUUACAGACCGUCUCCAAAGAGCGGCCACACUCUUUAGUGGAGAGCAAGGCCUAUGCAGACACCAGGGUUCUGGUGGCUAAGUUUUUGGAACACGCACACUGCAGCCUCCCUACAGAGGUGCGACAUGUGGUGGGUACCAUACGGUCAACGGCCACCUCGGAGGAGCCCAGGGUGGAGGAGGCCAUCUUUGGUGCUGGCGUCCUGGACCAGCUAUGAAGCAGUUACAGGCCUGGAUGUGGACACUGAUGGGCCCAGUGCCUGCAAAGUCUGGGUCCUGCAAGAUGCCACCAUGCUUGGUAGAGAAAGGCCUUUGGCCUGCUGGACUGAGAACAUCCAGGAUAUCUAGGAGGCUCACUGGUGGACUGGGCAAGGAACUGUUACUCUUUCUCCCAUCAGUUGUCUUCCUGGGGACUGUUUGUCCCCUGUCCCACUAACUCAGAGAUGUUUCUCUCCUGCUCUUAGUGAGCUGUGGUGGCUUCAGGGGUAUAGCACCUCUUGAACUGAAGACUGUGAUGGGAAUACCAUUCCGGGGACAGGUGACACUUGUGGGACAUAAAGACACUGCCUCUGCCCCAAGUCAAGGCCUUUAACACACGAUGCCCCUCUGGGCCUGGUUUGGUUCAGUGUUAAAAGAAUAUAGGGUAGCAUCGGCCGUGGAGCCA